AUGCUGUGCGAUUUUUCCGUGGAAGAAUGCUUCAGUGACUCGGAGUACGAACGGUGUAACCAGAGUAGCGGGAUUUAUGCCGGCGGACUUUGCCACAACGUUUCAGAGGCAGCCGCAAAGGGCAUAAGUGCUUUGCCGGUUGCUGACCGCGUCUCAGCCUCUGAAGAAUAUUUGAACCGCUACGUCCUGGGGAUCGAUGAAAACACAAGCCUAGGGAACAUUGGGAAGGUACAAUGGGGCCUUGCCCUAUCAUCCCUGUGUUCUUGGGUUCUAAUCUGCCUGAGCCUUAUAAAGGGCAUCAAGUCUUCUGGCAAGGUUGUUUAUUUCACGGCGACCUUCCCGUAUGUGGUGUUGACUAUUCUGCUUGUCAAAGGAGUAACUUUGCCCGGGGCCAUGGAUGGACUCAAGUUCUAUCUUGUACCCGACUGGGGCAAGGUUGCGGAUCCCAACGUGUGGAAAGAUGCGGCUGUGCAAAUAUUUUACUCUUUGUCCAUCGCCAGUGGAGGCCUUAUCACUUUGUCAUCCUACAACAAGUUUGACAACAACUUGCUAAGAGACACUAUGAUCGUGUGCUUCGGCAACUGCUUGACCAGCGUGUAUGCCGGGUUCGCCAUCUUCAGCGUGCUCGGGUACAUGGCCCACACCCUGGGCGUGACGGUUCAGGAGGUGGCCAACAGUGGUUCCGGGCUGGCAUUCAUCGUGUACCCGAGUGCCAUCGCCACCAUGUGGUGCCCUCCGCUGUGGGCCAUCCUCUUCUUCCUCAUGCUGCUCACGCUGGGCCUGGACACCAUGUUCGCCACUGUCGAGAACGCCACCUCGUCGCUGAUUGACGAAUUCCCGAGACUCAAUCGCUACAAGCCCUGGGUUGUCGUAGCCACGUGCGUCAUCGGGUUCUUCCUCAAUUUGCCGCUGUGCUGUCAGGGUGGACGAUAUCUCCUGGACCUACUGGACUUUUACGCAGCCGGAUGGCCUUACUUGUUCAUCGGUCUUUGCGAAUGCGUGAUUGUGGCGUACAUGUACGGCAUUGACAACUUCUUCGACGAUUUGGCACAAAUGAUGCAACGUCCUUUACACUGGUUCUUGCAGCAUCAUCUUGCUGUUCUGCUUCUAACUGUGACACCUCUUCUUAUACUUGCCUUGCUGAUUUUGUCUUUUGUGGAAUUCGUGCCUCCGACAUCAGGAUCCUAUGAGUAUCCACUGUGGGGACAUGCUUUGGGUUGGGGCUUGGCCGUUGCACCAGUUCUCAUCGUGCCAAUUAUGGCCAUCGUCGUCUGCUUGCGAAGUGACAGUCGGGGUUCAGCAAAAUCAGCGUGGAAAGCGAUCAUCAGCCCCACGGAGCGGUGGCGAGACAACGCCUACGAUUUCGCGCGGGAGUCGAUCCACAGCGUGCCCACGCAAACGUCGACGGUGUCCAUGAUCCACGCUUACGGCGCCGCUUCGUACCCGUUUCCGUACGAGCCUUCGUCCAACGGCCAGCAGAUGCCGAAAGGGUAUGCGGAAGAUGGUGGACUCUACGUCCCGGAAGAAAUCCCAUCAAUUUCCGAGGAAACCCUCGCAAAAUGGAAAACCAUGUCUUAUCCGGAUUUAUGCGCCGCAAUUCUGGAUCUUUUCGACUCCGAUCGGCUUCUCGGAAGCAUCGAACAAAGCAGAGAAAGGUUCAGGAAUUGUUACGCGAAUUUCAAUCACCCGGAGGUCUUGAAAGUUGUCGAAUUUCCUGGGGACGGAACGAUGAUUGCUGAAUUGUUUCACGGACCAACACUGGCUUUCAAGGAUUUAGCCUUGUUCGGAGUUGCCAUGAUUGCCGACGAAUUACUAAAGAGGCGUCAAAGAAAAUGUCUUGCUGUUGUCGCAACUUCUGGUGAUACCGGAAGUUCGGCUGCAAGGGCUGUGGCCACGAUGGAAAACGGGUCCAUAAUAGUCCUUUUCCCGAAAAACUUCAUCACGAAGACGCAGGAACGACAGAUGACGACGAUAUCUUCGGAAAACGUUCACAUCGUCGAAGGAGAAGGGAAUUCUGACGAACUGGACGUCGUGCUGAAGGACCUGACGAGAGACGAGAAUCUCCAGCAAACCCACAACAUUGCCAUUUUCAACUCAAUCAACGUGGCUCGUAUCGUUCUGCAAAUUCCCUACUUCUUCUACUCGUACUUCCGGGUUAUCGAGAGCAAAGAAACGGGACUCGAUCACGCAGUUACUUUCGUCCUUCCAACCGGUGGAGGCGGAAAUCUUGCAGGAGGGGUUUUUGCAAAAGCGAUGGGACUUCCAAUUCGCUUCGUCAUCUGCAACAAUUCAAACGCGGCCAUGCACAACAUAAUUCAAACUUCAACCCUGUCAAAAUCUGCUGACGCUGCGGACGUUCAGAAGACUUUGGCCUGUGCCAUGGAUAUCAAAGUUCCGUACAAUUUGGAAAGGGUGUUCUACGUUCUUUCGAAGAAAGACACAAAAUCUGUGAAGGAAGUCAUGGAACUGUUCGAAGCUGCAGAAAAUUCGUUUGUGGCGACGGAUGAAGUAAUUCUGCAAACUAUGAAGCGGUGUUGGGUGAAGAACAGGGAGAUCAUUUGUCCGCACACUGCAACGGCUGUCGCCUUUUAUCAUCACCUUUUGGAUAAUCGCGUAGAUUUUCAGCAGCAGUUCGGAAGCAUUGUCUGUGUCGCAACGGCGUCUCCAGCUAAAUUUCCUGAAGCCGUGGAAAAAGCGAAAAUCGAUGCAAAAGUUUCGCAUCCGGUCAUUGAAGCUCUGGAUAAUCUUCCAGAAUUGAAUAAAACCCUCAUGAAGAGAGACGAAAACUGGCUGGAAUUCAUGAAGAAAUUCAUCAGCAAGCAUAACCUUUAACGAACCCAUGUAGUCCAAGAAUGUCGUCGAUUCCUAUAGAAAUUGUGUAGGCAAGGAAAUAAAUAUGAACAGUUGAAGUUCUGAAGCCCAAACA